AUGCGCACCACGGUACCCGCCUCAUUGAGGCCGUACAUCACCGUGCCCUUGCAGUUCAGGCGGCGCGCGACGGCGUCGCGCAGUGUCGCGUAUUCGCCGGUCGCGAACUCGAGCGGUGCGCUGCGCGGCACGACGUCAAGUCCGAAGUCCUGCAACGCCGCCGUGGUGUCUAUAAUGUCUGCGCAGAGGCCGUCGCUCGACCCCGCGCCUAGGUGA